UUAAAUCUCAGAUUCCGCAAGACACAAGCAGUUGAACACAAAACAAUUGUUUGCCUCACUUUGUGUCUUUCAACUCAUCCUUCAUUUGCGUCGACACAUUACCAGAAUACUAGCACUCUAAACACGAUGCGAUAUUCAUCUGCUUUGCUCGUAGUCUUUGUUGUGUUGUUCACCUAUGUCUGUGCCCAAGAAGAGACUGCUUCAGAAAAAAAGAGUAAAUAUGCAUACCUGAGGAAGUGGGUGCAAAAUGCAAUGCUUAAUGGCAUGAAUGCACGAAGCAGACAAUCAUGGAAAAACAGAAAGGGCUGUUACAAAGAUGACGAGAAAAUGCUGCCACAGCGACUAUUAGAUUGGUUUCAUAUCUUGAAGUCAGAAGAGUUAAAGAAAACUGGCAAGCAUGAUAAUUCGGAAUUCCAAACUUCUGGUUGUAAUUCUAUAGCACUUCCAUGGUUCUUUAGUCAACUUGAUACUAACAAAGAUUCAUUUUUGGACAAAGAUGAACGUGCUGAACUGGAGAACAAUCCUGAUGAACAUUGCAUGCGAAAGUUCUUUAUCAAUUGUGACUUAAAUAACGAUAAGAAAUUGAGUCUGAAUGAACUAUGCACCUGCUUCAUGCAUGUUGAACCUCCCUGCAAGCAGGCCAAGAAAGAAUAUCUUGAGCAGGAACCUAUGCUUGGUAGAUAUGAACCAGAUUGCGACGAAGAUGGAUAUUACAAACCACGCCAAUGUCAUGAGAACUAUUGCUGGUGUGUUGAUCGUUAUAACGAAGUUAUCGAAGGAACAAAGAAGGAAUCACGGCUGGUCAAUUGCCUGGACAACACGGACCCGAAUCAAAUUAUUUUCGCAGGUGAUGACGAGGCUGCUCAACUGGGAAACAUUUAAUAAUUGAACCGCACUACAGUGGACAUUUUUCUAUUUCAAUAUUGUAAUAAUUUUAUACUAGACCAGCGUAAAUUUCAUGAUAGGAUUUAAAUCUGAAAUGAUCGAAAUCAGGGAGUAGUAUAAAAGCAUGAUGGCAUUACUGACGUCUUAGUAGAUUAUAAACGAUGGUAACGUUGGUUUUUACUAUACUUUAACUUUAUAGUAAUUAUGAUUUGUGUAGUUUUACACUCCACGCGAGUUAUUAAAAUAUAUAUAGCAAUAAAAUAUCACGAUUAAUUGUAUAACCUAUGAACUCAUU